UCUUAGUUAAUUAGCUCCUGUCUUCAGUCUACUGAUUCUUUCGGGGGUUUUUUUGUCAUCAGUUAUGUCCCUCCGCCCUUGCGUCGGACCCAGCUGUCUCGUAAUCAGUCUGAAUGCGAGCGGUCCAAUCCCGUUCGCCCGUCUGUCUGCGGUUCCGCCUGAAACUCUUCCCAGUCGUUGCCCUUGUGUCCUAACCAGCUGUGCCUCACAAUUAGUCUGAGUGUGUUUGCUCUCCUUGUUUUUGAGCCUUUUGUCCUUCCGCUGUUCUUCUUUUGUCACUUGCCUCCGCCUUCCUGCUAGCUUAGCAUUAGCAUUGACAGCUUCAAGGGGAGAACGACUGCCGGUGGCUCGGAACUUAAUGAAAACUGAGCAUUAGCGUCUAUCCAAGCGUAUCACGGCGCUACGUUGUGGUUUCAGCUGUUUUCUUGAAUGUUCACUUCUGUCGGUGAAAAAAACCAAAACAACAACAACAAAAACCAAUCGGCAAUCCGGCGGCCGCCAGCGAGCAGGCUGAGUGAAUUCAUUCUUGACUUAUUGGCACCGGGUCAUGACAUUGAAUCGAGUUCGGUGCUCAAAGGAGAUAAAAACACUCCAGCCACGCCGCCAGCUGUAAUGUAGACCGAUUCACUUUGUGCGUCUGUGUGUGCGUGCGCAUGUGUGCGUGUGCAUGUGUGUGUGUGUGAGACAGAGCAGAGAGAACAUAUGCUCAUGCGUAUUUUUGUACGCUCUGUUUGUAAGUGUUGCUGUGUGUGCGUGUUAAAGUAGCAGUUGUUUGAAGGUUUAGAAUCACCAUAACAUCUAUGCUAAAUUCCAUUAGCCUGUCAAUGCCAUUGCCCAUUAUAUGUUAGCGAUAAGCUAGUUUGAAUGUACACUUUUUAAUUCUAAUUUAAUGUAAACCAUACACAUAAUGCAAAAAUAGAACAAUAUUGCUUUUGCUCAGAAAUAACUGGCUGGCGACUAUUGCGACAAGCUAACGUAGCGGUUUAUGUUAUGGUUUAACUCAGUUCGUUCUUGUCAAAAAGCACAAAAACUGUCACACAAGAUCCAAAUCAGUCCUCUGUUCACAAAAAGCGGAUCAACUUUUCUCUCUUUUCACACAAAGAUACAACACUCGACCUUUUGAUCACAAAUACCCAGGUUAGCAGCUAGCACAAUAAGCUAAUGUUGCGGUGUACAUCUUCACUCAGUGAUCCUUCUUGUAAAACAGCAAAAAAUAGAUGAGCCAAAUCAGUCUUUUGUUCACAAAAAAGGUGGUUGUCUUUCGUCUCUACCUUUUGAUCACAAAUAGCUAGCUGGCAGCCAACGGGAGAAACUAAUGUACCGUAGCGGUGUACAUCUUUCCUGAGUGAUCCUUAUUGUCAAACAGCAUAAACAGAUGAUCCAAAUCAGUCUUUUGCUCACAAAAGGUGGUCAGCUUUUGUCUACUUUUACAUAGACUUUACGCCGACCUGAUCGGCGUGAUCGGUAUCGGCCGAUAAUUAGCAUUUUAUGCUGAUCGGCCGAUCGGCUUUCAUGUCAUCAUUCGCCGAUCCGAUCGAUGACUCCGCACAAGACAUUGAACUCCGCGUCGCCGUUGCGUAUGAAUCCGAAAGCUAGUUUAUUAUUAGCCUGGUCACGUGUCUUGUGGCGCAGUACUGUAACUAUCUGACGGCCAAUAAAGUUUUUUUCAAUCAUGUCGGUUAAAAAAUACGUCAUCGGUCUGGGACUAUUUUGCGGUGUCUCAGACAAACAACACAGUGAGAAAGUUCGAGUAAGCACAAAUGCUAGCUGAUGGCUAGCUCGGGAAUCUAACCUAGCAGUCCAUCUUCUUAAAUCCGUGCUUCUUCACACAAGAUCCAAAUCAGUUCUUUGCUCGCAAAAGUGGUGGUCCACUUUCUUCUUCUUUUGCACAAACGUUAACUUUUGACCACAAAUAGCCAGCGCAAAAAGCUAACAAAGCGGUCUACAUCUUCACCUCGAUGCUCCUUCUUGUCAGAAGCAAACCAAUACGUCACGUACUGUAAAUGACAAAGAGUGGCUGGCCGCCUUUUAGCGCUCGAAGCUUUAUCACUUCCAACAGAAUAUCGGGAUUGCAAGUUGGAGCGGAGCAGCCAAUAGAAACGCUUGCCAAAAAGCACUUAAUGAAAAUCUAUCAAGUCUGUACGUGAGAGCCGCCUCAAAGAGUCCCUGAGCACAAUGGGAAGCCGUAUUGUUUACACGCGUGUUGUAUUGUUCACACGUGUAUUGUUUAAAUGUGAUCUUGUUAACAUGACAUUCGUUUACACACGUGGAAUUGUUCGCACGUCAUGUAUUGUUUCCACGUGACAUCUUGAUGACACAGGCGUAACAUUGUUUUUACAUGUGAUAUUUUGGAUUCAGGUGUUAUUGUUUACACACAUCUCCCAUUGUAAACACACAUGACAGUUUCUACAGAUGUUGACUUGUUUACACGUGGUAUCUUUACACGUUGUUUACACAGAUGUUGACUUGUUUGCACGUGAUGUAUUGUUCCAUAUUGUUUACGCACACACGCGGCGUUGUCUGUCUUGUCCGUCAGAAAUCCGAGAGGCGUUCAAAGUGUUCGACCGCGACGGGAACGGUUUCAUCUCCAAACAGGAGCUGGGCAUGGCCAUGCGUUCCCUGGGGUACAUGCCCAACGAGGUGGAGCUGGAAGUCAUCAUCCAGAGACUGGACAUGGAUGGUGACGGUCAGGUGGACUUCGACGAGUUUGUCACGUUGCUCGGUCCCAAACUGUCUGCGGCCGGAAUGCCCGAUAAGUUCCACGGAGCGGACUUCGAUUCCGUCUUCUGGAAGUGCGACAUGCAGAAGCUGACGGUGGACGAGCUCAAGCGUCUUUUGUACGACACCUUCCGGGACCACCUCACCAUGAAGGACAUCGAGAACAUCAUCAUGACCGAGGAAAAACACCUCAACAGCGCCGAGUCCCACGUCGACAUCGACACGAGCCCCACGCAACAGGAGAAGCACACGUGUGUGCGCAAAAGCCUGAUCUGUGCCUUCGCCAUCGCGUUCAUCAUCAGCGUCAUGCUCAUCGCCGCCAAUCAGAUGCUGCGGAGAGGAAUGAAGUAACUCGCCCCAAAAGCAAAUUGCUCCUUCCUCCUCCUCGCUUUUCGCCGGCUUCAGCAAUGGAACCGACGACGUGGCGGGCGGGACGCGAUGGAAAUACAUUUUUCACAUCAGGUGCACUUUCACUCAUUUUUGAAAUCAUUACAUCACCUGAACAAACAUCCUGAAAACGGAACACGAAAUUGUACAAAAAGCAAAGUCAUUGUGCAAAUGCCGUUUGUCCUGAGGGGAAAACGGACACAUUUAUUCUUUUGGGGUUUUUUUUUUUUUUUUUUUUUUUUGCUGUGCAAAAUCCGACGAAAUGGAAAUUCGAGGACAAAAGGCAACAAAAGUGUGUCGCAAUAUCGCAGAUUGCAGAUGAAAAGCAUCGUGUGUGACUUGUGUCGAUCGACACGUCAUUGAGCAAAUAAAAUCUACGUGUGUGUGUGUGUGUGUGUGUGUAACACAAUUAUGCAAC